UCAGUGAUACAGUCCCGUAACCGCAACCGUGUCUCUCAUCUUUUUUAUCUCAAGGGACGAGGGGACGGUGUUUUUUUUUUUUUCGCCGGCAACAGCGCUUUUUAAUGGGGUCAAACCGACGCCACUCUUCGGGAUAAUUAAACGUCAAACGCCUAUUUUGCCUUUGAAUGUGUGUACAAAACGAAGACAUUUAAUAACGCGCCUCCAGGGAAACGGCUCCGGACCAGCUGACACGUUGUUUUGAACUUUUGAAGGGCUUAAAAAGCUCAAAAACGCCACCUCGACCCGAUAAAAAACAACACGACAAGACAAGGAGCCGUGUCGCGGUGGUUUACGGUGUAGCUGGUAGCGUUUAGCCCGAGCAUUAUGGUGACUUUGUCGGUAAUUAGACCCCUGGUUUCCCAGCUUCGCCUCCAGCUCGCCAGGCACGGCAGGAGUCACCGGAUCACCCCGGUCAGAAGAUGCAACCUCACGGCAUGUUCGAGCAAAUAUGUGCUGUCUCAGAUGCAUCCCAUGUGGCAGGGACCCCUCGCGGUACCAGGAGGUGAUCGUCAGUCUCCCAUAGACAUCGUGGUGCGGAAGAGCGUCUACGACUCGGAGCUGAAGCCCCUGGUCACUGACUAUGACCCGAACACCUGCCAGCAAAUCUGGAACAACGGUUACUCCUUCCUGGUCGAGUACGACGACACUCAAGACAAGUCCAUGCUGAAAGGGGGGCCUCUGCAAGACAAGUUCAGGCUGUGCCAGUUCCACUUCCACUGGGGCGAGACCAACACCUGGGGGUCAGAGCACACCGUGGACAGGAGGCUGUUCCCUGCAGAGCUCCACUUGGUCCACUGGAACUCAGACAAAUACAGUCUGUUUGAGGAGGCAGUGAUGGAAGACAAUGGCCUGGCUGUUAUUGGGGUUUUUCUCAAGGUGGGAAAGAGACACGAGGGGCUUCAGAAGCUGGUGGACGCUCUGCCUGCAAUCAGACACAAGGACAGUGUCGUAGAGUUUACUCGGUUCGACCCCGCCAGCCUGUUACCCUCCAACAUCGACGACUACUGGACGUACCACGGCUCUCUGACCACACCUCCCCUGACAGAGUCUGUCACCUGGAUCGUUAUGAAGCAGCACAUAGAAGUCAGCCAUGACCAGCUGGCCGUCUUCCGGAGCCUCCUGUUCACCUCGGCUGAGGAGGAAGUGCAGAAGAGCAUGGUGAACAACUUUCGUGUGCAGCAGCCUCUCCGGGGUCGAACCGUCCGCUCCUCCUUCACGCCCUUCCUCCACGAGGCGCCGUCAGCCGAAGGCAACAAUCACACCCACUGAUGCUGCUGCACCCAGAAACACACAACGGUGACCACAAUGUUCCUCAGAUGUAUUUUUAAACCAUGACGAACGUGCUUGUUUUUUUUUUCAAUACAAUUAUUAUUUUAUGAGGGUUUUACACAGAGUUAUGUGAGGAGAGACCGGUUUCAGGUUUUUAUUUUCUUUCAUGUUUGGUAGUGCUGCUGCAGACCAAUAACCAAUAAGGGAUGGGGUUGCUGUGGGGAAGGUCUGUAGAUUUACUGGUUUUAUUCAUAUUUAUUUUUUCAUUCAUACAGUUUAUUCAGAUACUGUACAAGAGCUUUUACCUUCAGCUCAGUCGCUUCUACACCCGAGAGCUCUCCGAUCUCCUGGCGAAGGAGGUCGGAGCUGCUGUCAGUUUACAGCACAACGCCCUGGAGAUUUAGAUUUUAUUAAAGAGGUUACGUGUCUCCGGUAAAAUACAUAAUAUAUUUGAAAUCAUCAAGAGUUUUAUACCACAAUGUCACUUUUUUAAAGACAAAAAUCCUGUAAUGUCGUUGGAUCUUUGGAUUUCUUGUUCAGUAUCGGUAGCAUUAAUGUUUUCUGUUACAGAGAUUAUACUGUGUGGAGUAUCAUCUGAAACCUUUGUUUGAUUCAAACAUCCUUCCAGCUGAGCUCAGACUACAGGAGUCUAAAAGUUUAAAUGAUAUCAAGUUGUGUCACAUACUUAAGGAGAAUCUGAACAGACGAUUUUCUCUCUAAUCUUAAACCUAUUGUUUAAGUUGUUUUUCCGGAUCAGCGAGCAUUGACGUAAACAAAAGCGUAUCAUACUGCUGUAAAUCUAUCGGUUGCAUAAACUGUUUCCUUAUUUUAGUUCCAGUGCAGUACGUGGCACCUGUAACCUGAUUUAAUCAUACACUAAAUAGAAAAAGUGCAAUGAGAAAAUCUCAUCUGUUCUUCAUUUCGUGCUGUAUGUGUGACUUAAUAACAGAGCUAAUAAUCUUUAUUGGACAACACCAUCAGCUGCUCCGUGUCCUAGUAAACUCUUUUCUCUCAUGAUUAUUUUGAACUUUGAGAGAUUUUAACAUAAAACAGCCUCGGUUGGUGUACGGGUAGGUUUAAGGGCUGAUGAACUUGGGCCAAAACUCGAUACAAAACGAUUUCUGUGUCAAUUUCUGCUGAUACUUUGUCCUGAAACUCCUGCAGUCUGAGGUCAGCUUUACUUUUUUUGUUAGUUUUAAAACUCUUCUCAGCCUUGAGUUUUUAUGCCUUGAAAUUGUGUUACAAUAAUGCACAAACAUUACUACAGCGCACACACACACUAAUGAUCAAACUGAACUGAGCCGUUCUGAACUCUUCCAUCUCAAACACUGUAACCACAGUGCCUUAAAUGUUCUGCAUGCUGGUAGUAUUAGAGUAUGACUAGAAUCCACAGUACAUCCUCAAUGACUCAUGGUGGUUGCUCAUGUUAAGGCUUGUAGCAUUUAGGACCAUUAACUCAUUACAGUUUCAAUUUUCACAACUAAACCUUGGAAUGAUCAAACCGGGCUGUAAGAUAGAUGAAGCUGCUGCCUUCAUUCAUCUGUGCCAUUUAGGUAGUUUUCUGUUUUCUCAUGUGUUUCUGCUUUUAAUAGGAGGUUAAACAUGAUCCAGAUUUACUGUUCUCAGAUUAGUAAGUCGUUUACAGUUGCAUAUAUUGUAGCUUGAAUUGCAGACGACCAACCAGACGUCUCCUACUCUAUCCUACGUCUCCUGACUUCCCGUGUUUCUGUCGCUAAGGUAGACUAUAGACUGUAGAAAAAAAUGGCCCACUGUUGGUGAAAGCGAGACUAAAAUUCAUUGAUACGGGUGCAGCCAUUUUUGUGUCAGCUUUGAGCUGGAGUCUGAGCAGCACUGUCAGAGAGUGGAGCCACGACGUUGUAUGAUACACUUGUAUUUUGUUAUUUUGGCAUGAUGAACCAACUAAAACCAAAAUUGACACCUGAACACAUGUCAGCAUUAUAUUAACUACCUAAAAUGACUGAAACCAUCCUUAAAAAAUGUGUUUUAGCUCGGCCAAAGUCCCAUCCAUUAACAUGGAGGGGGUGGAGCUUAUGACCUAUACUGAAUCCAGUCACCAGGGGGAGCUCUACUUGCUUUGGCUUCACUUUAGAGGAGCUGUCAUGGCUCAGCUUUUAAAACAGUCUGUUGAUUACAGACAGAAAAUAGCAGAGGUUCAUUCUCAUAAACAAAUAUUGAAAACCUUUAAGUCUAGAGGAAAUGUUGAGGUGAGACAGCCAACGUUAGCAAUCGUGCUAAUGGUGGCAGACACUGGAAAAGUUACUAGUUUUUCCUAUACGGUUAUUUUCUCUGCUGUAAUUACAAUUUCAACUUUAAAUGCUAACUAAGUUUACAGGUUUUUAAUGUUUUUCUAUGAGAAUGGACUGACCUUUAUUUAACCUAGUGACGUAGUUAAGAACGGGACAUAACAAAGUGCAGGAACCGUCUGAUUGUUGGUCUUCUCAUUGGUUUGCUGUCCACCAAAAGGGUCAGUUAUAAUGCAGAACCUAAUAUUGACUCUUUUUUUAUUAUUAUUAUUAUUAUUAUUUAAAAUGACCGCACAAAAGGCUCUACCUUUGACUGUUCAUAUUCGGAUAAGUCAUUCAGUGGGACCAACCAUAUACCUGUGUCAACAUGCUUGUGUUUGCUUCCACUGAAGCUGCUUGACUUGUACUGGGUGUACCUUAUACAGAGCUCCGGUAGAUCUAAUCUGGAGUAGAGCAAACACUCAAUGGCGCAUUUUCUUACUUAAUCCACAUGUCUGCAUAUGAGGGUUUAGUAACCAAGAGACAAGUUCAUGCAAUGUUGCAUCAUCUAAAGAUAUGACUCACUCCUCCUACUUUGGCUCAUGUCCAGUCUCGACUGUAAGGAAAUAAGAGACGACCUGCAUUUGGUUUCUGACACUUGACUUGAUUUGGAACAGACCAGAAAACGUUUUCGCGUCACGCAUGUGUACUAGAGGCCACGGUUGUCUUUACAAUCCCUGUGUAACAAUGUAUCAUUGAUCUGAAGCUCACAUGAGGUAUCCACCCUCGGCUCUAUCUCCCCAGUAGGUCCCCCAUCGGGGGACGGAUGAAAGACGCUCUGAAUGGGCUUGAACUGAAACGAUGUGAUGUGUACGGAGUGAUGUUAACUUGUUGUGAAGGCUGCAAACCGCCUGGAUGAACACUGAAGGGGAUGAGGUGGCGGGAGAGAGGUUGGAAACAAGUUUGAUUUUAGUUGUUUAGUUAUUUUUUUUCCUCUUCUUGUUCAAUGCAACAAGCAGACAAGGGACCCACCGCUGCCUUCAUCACAUUCAGCUGUAUUUUAAUCAACGACCAUAACCUGCCUUCAUAUCUCAUUGCCUUGUUAAUCACAUAAGAUCUUUUUCAUACCUUUUCUUUUAUUGCAGUGCUGUUAAUAUCAAACAUAUUCUAAUGCAAUUAAUCAGUGGUAAAUGGCUGCCUGAAUGUUCUUUUCUGUCCGAGUCGGAGGCGUUAAGGUGACCUCCUUCAUGCAUCUCAAGGAGUUUAAGACAAAAAAAAAAAAACUUCAUCGUGCAUCUGCCUUUCAUAAAGUGCCGUCAUCUUGCUGUAUGUUGUUUCUUCUUGAAGUUUCGGUGUCGGUGCGUCUCCUGUUGCUCGGUGUGAUGUUUUAGCAGGUGUACGUUAUGUGUACCAUACCACUCUAUGCAGUGCAUAUUUUAGCUGUUUAUUUGUUCUGAGUGACGCCCACAUUCCUGCCCCGGCGGGGAGGGGACGGGGGGCCCUCGGCAUCUCCCCUCCCAGCAUGCCUAGCUCCACCUGGAUGGCUCCUUUGUAUGCAGCCAUGCAGCUGUGCAGCCAGGAGGGGGUUUAGCUCCUGCUCCUCAGGGGAAGAGAUGUUGAAAACCACCUGAUGUAAAGAAAACUGACAUUAAUAGAUGUUAAACAAUAAAGUAAUAUGUCAUGGAAAGAUGA